AUGGCGAUGGGCCACGACGGGAUGGCAGCAGGCCACGACGGGAUGGCGAUGGGCCAUGACGGGAUGGUGAUGGGCCACGAUGGGCUGGUGAUGGGCCACGACGGGAUGGUGAUGGGUCACGACAGGAUGACGAUGGGGAGGAGAAGGAGGCCCUUCCUUGACACCAUCUUCCAGACCCGCGUCACGGCCACACUGACCAGCUUCUUCCUCGCCAAGGCACCUAAGGGUGCCAUGACCCCCCCCCGGCAGCAGGUGCUGGCCGCCAUCCGGGCAGAGGUGAAGCGGCACGAGGGGGCCAAGAAACACGUGAAUAAGUUGAUUCGGUUGGUGGAGACGGUGCCGGAUCCGCGGCUGCGGGCCAGCCUCACCGCGUCCCUCUGCGUGGUGCAAGGUGGCCAGUUCAAGCGCGAGGUGAUGGUCGAUGGCCAGAGCCACCUCCUGCUCAUCCGGGAGGAAGGAGGCGCCCCGGAUGCCAAGUUUGCCAGCUGGGCAGACGCCGUCAUCUUCGUCUUCAGCCUGGAGAACGAGAGCAGCUUCGAGGAGGUGACGCAGCUGCACGCGCUGCUCAGCGGCUACCGGGGCGCCAGCGAGGUGGCCCUGGCGCUGGUGGGCACCCAGGACAAGAUCAGCUCCUCCAACCCCCGGGUGAUCGAGGACGCCCGGGCCCAGGCGCUCUGCGGGGACAUGAAGAGGUGCCUCUACUACGAGACGUGUGCCACGUACGGCCUCAACGUCGACCGGGUCUUCACUGAGGUCGCCCAGAAGGUGGUGGCGCUGAAGAAGCAGCAGCAGCUCAUGGCGUCCUGCAAGUCUCUGCCCAGCACCCCCAGCCACUCGGCCGCGUCCACCCCCGUCGGGGGCAUCCACCCCGGCCAGGCCAGCAACGGUGGCCACACCAGUGACUACUCGUCCUCGCUGCCCUCCACCCCCAACGUCAGCCACCGGGAGCUGCGGAGCGAGACCCCGGCCCCCCUGGGCACCCCCAGCUCCCUGCACCGCGGGGCCAAGCGCCGCACCAGCCUCUUCGCCGACUACAUCCACAGCACCCACGGGAAGGAGAUGGACCUUCUCCGUACCACCGUCAAGGUCCCUGGCAAGCGCCCGCCCCGCGCCAUCUCCGCCUGCGGCCCCUCCGCCAGCAUCAACGGGCUGGUGAAGGACGUGGGCGGGGGAACGGCGCCCGAGGGUGGUGGUGAGUACCGGGGCGGUGGUGGUGGCAGUGAG